AUGGGGAUUGCGAAACAAACAUUUCCAGACUUUUAUUCUUUUGCACGCUUCGUCAAAUUGCUCUGGCUCUUCACAGCAGACGAUGUUCUUUCAAUCCUGAUACCAAAUGUUGUCUGCAGUUUGGCGAUUGCUCUCGCAGGAAGUCCCUUCGAGUCCCGGAUAUCUCAGAUUGAGGUUCUGGCAAGAAUACCCACAGUCGUUUUAUGGGUCUGGCUCAAUCUUCUCUUCUUCAACGUGUCGAAUCAGAUCCAGGACGCUUCCAUCGAAGAGGACCGAGAGAACAAGCCAUGGAGGCCAUUGCCAUCGCAAGCGAUCACCCAGCCUCAAGCCAGAAUCCUCUAUGCGGCUCUUGGGCCCUUGGUGUUGAUCACCAGCGCCGUCACCGGUGGCAUUCUUCCCAGCAUAUCCCUUCAGAUCCUCACCUUCGCUUACAACGACCUGCGUCUGGGCGACCGUUGGUAUUUCCGAAAUUGCAUUAACGCCGGCGGCUACCUCAGCUUCCUCGUUGGCGCCGUGCAAGCUGCACUCAACACCUGCGAUUUGGAAUAUUCGGACCUGAGCAUCCGAUGGCUGGCCCUGAUUGGCUGCGCCGUGACCACUGGGAUACACGCCAUGGAUCUCUACGAUCAAGCAGGCGAUUCGAAACGGGGCCGAAGGACACUUCCCAUCGCCAUGGGUGACGCACUGGCCAGGAACGUGCUUCUCGUAUCCAUGGCACUGGUCUCUCUGAGCGCGUCAAGAGUGAUUGGAGUCUCCUACGCAAGCUCGGGCCCAACCAUGGCCCUAGCCGCCGUCAUUUCGACGAGACUCAGGAGGCUAAAACCGAGCGUACGAGCAGAUAAGGCCACGUUCAAGUUUUGGUGUCUGUGGAUCAUUUCCCUGUAUCUGAUUCCGGUCUUGGACAAGGUCUGGUUCUCGAACUGA